GUCGUCAAAGUGGCGGUUUUCAGCACCGGGCGUUUGUUUGGCGGUUGUGGCAGGCAUCUAGCUAUGGAGAGCAUGGGGUUCUUGGAUAUGGACGUUCGCGGGUGCGGGCAGGGUCUUCGGGAUGACGAAAUCGAGGCGGUGGCGAUGGUCGUAACUGCCGUCAUCGUGAACGCGAUGCGAGGUGAGCCGUCCUCGUCACGCGACGCGCUGGCGGAGCUCCGCAAACGACGAGCGCUGUUGCAGCGCAUUGGCGAAGCGCCAGAUUGCGUGGCCACGUGUCAGGCAGUCAUCCAGUUGUGCGCCGCGAGGUCUUCUGGCGUUUUCCCGUGGGAGACCCCGCGCUGGUGGAUUAAACGACGGACUGGCGGAACAUGGGAGGACCGUCGCUUGUGUGACGACGCGACGGACGAGUACUACCGCCAGAAGUUGCGCAUGUCGAUGGCCAUGUUCAGGCAGAUCGUGGCCGCGUGCGCCGCGUACGUGGAGAAGAAGGUGACACACUAUAGGAUGCCAUUGCCGGUGGAGCAGGUCAUCGCGUUCGCGCUGUACAGGUGGGCGUCAGGAGAGACAUACGAGAGCGACACUUCUGCCUUCGGCAUCGGGAGAGCAAUUGGACUGCAGGCCGUCCGCGACGUCACUUCGGCACUGCGGCAGGCGUACCCAAACGUGAUAAAGUGGCCAGUGGGCUGUAGACGCGCGCAGAUUCUGCGCGCUUUUCGUGACAAGGGUUUCCCGAACUGCUUCGGCGCAAUCGACUGCACAUACAUCUUCAUUGACAAGCCUGCCGGCGCACCAUCUGCCAACUACUACGACCGCAAACAGAAGUUUUCCGUGCAGGUGCAGGUGGUAGUGGAUUUGGAUCUGCGGAUCAUUGAUGUCCACAUCGGAUACCCGGGAAGUGUGCACGACGUCCGUGUCCUGCACAAUUCCCAGCUGUGGAGGCGUGCACAAGCUGGCGAGCUGUUCGACGCACCUUCGGUGAGUCAGCCGCACGGAGUCGUCACGCGAGGUUACUUGCUAGGCGACAACGGUUAUCCUGUUGUCUGCCCCUGGAUCGUGCAGCCGUACGGAGGAAUCGACCAAGGUCAUGAGGAGGAGCGGUUUGACAGGCGGCAGAAGGUGGCGCGGGGGUGUGUGGAGAGAGCUUUCGGGCGGCUGAAGUGCAUGUGGCGUCUUUUCUUGCGCACCCACAAGAUGAACCUGGAUACCUUGCUGCAGCAAUUCGUGGCAGUGUGCGCUCUCCACAACAUCCUCCUAGACGUCGGGAUCGACUUCGAUGAAAACCUGUUGUGGGAGGUGGAUGAGAAUGGUGUGCGUCGGAGAGUGGACUCGCGGGCGGGCGGCAACGUUGCACGAACGUCGACAGGGACUUGUUGCGUGACGCUCUUCGAGACCGGCUGGCUUUGAUGUAGGAGCACGUAGACGCGUGGUGGGGGUUUGGUGCGUGUGUGUAUAGGGUGUGUGUGUGUCGGGGGUGUCGGGAUUGCGGACGUGG